CGCCAUUUUUUCUCUUUCUCACUACGAUACGUAUUGCAUUAAUUCAUUUUAAUAUCGAACAAACAAGGUCUUAGAAUUGGAAUUCAUAUAGCUGGCAAACGUAGACGAUUGCCGAUUGACUUUUUUUUUUCUUUUCAAAGGUCAAUUGAUGGUGAAAAAGAACGGAAAUCAAAAGUUUUGUUUGGAAAAAAGGAAAGUAAAUUGUUGGGGAUUUUUUUUUAACUAGACGAAAGCCAUAUAAAACGCAAUAGUCAACAUGGUGGAUACGGCAAGGCAACUAUUAGACGAAUUGAUGGGUCGUAAUCGUAAUCUAGACCCAACUACGGCAAAAUCAAAGAAAGUACAAUGGGAUGACCCGGAGUUUUGCCUGUACUAUUUGGUGAAAUUUUGUCCGCACGAUUUAUUUGUGAACACACGAGCUGAUUUGGGUCAAUGUACAAAGUUACACGACGAUGAAGCGAAGCGGUUAUUUGAAGAGGCACGACCGUCAACACGGAAACGUGGCUACGAAGAUGAAUUUCUUCGAUUUAGCAAUCACAUGAUAAACGAAGUGGAUCGUAAGAUUGAAAAAGGUCGUCAGCGGUUGGCCUUGAUGAAUAAAGUGCCAGAUGGGGCAUCGCCACCGCCGCCACCGCUGACCAAAUUCCAAGAAAUGAUAAACAACAUGAACGCUCGAAUCAAUAAACUGAUUGGUGAGGCCGAAGAGGCAGGCAGCCGAGGUGAUGUCGAACAGGCACAAAACCUAAUGACACUGUGUGAUCAGGUGAAAGAGGAAAAAGAGGAGCUGAUUAAGAACCAUGAAAUUGAGCAAAAUUCAGAAAAUGGCACCAAAUCCCAGUGGAACGAAUAUGCAUCGAAUGAAAAACAGAUGGAAGUGUGCGAAGUGUGUGGUGCAUUUUUGAUUGUUGGCGAUGCACAACAACGAAUUGAAGACCAUUUGUCGGGUAAACAACAUUUGGGCUAUUCAAAAUUACGCAAGGCUGUGGAGGAAAUGUAUGAAAAACGGCAAAAAGAACGUGAAAAAGAGGAUAAAGAUCGAUAUCGUCGCAGGGAUGACUUUGACCGACGAAGAGACAAUAACCGACCAGAUCGAAGAGACCGCGACCGACCGUCACAUCGACGCGACAGAAGCCGGGAUAGAAACAACUAUAGGGAUCGAAGAUCCGAUGACCGAGAUCGUCGAGACCGUGGUGACCGUGACCGUGACAAUCGCCGCCGCCGGAGUCGCAGCCGUAGCUCGAGCAGGCAUUAAACACCACAAUUCAAUUCGAUGAAUGGCGCCCCCCCCCCCCCUCCAUGCAACCACAAAUCAUUUUUUUCAAACAAGCAAACACAAAACAAAUUCUAAAUGAGGUACCUCCAAUCAUUACAAAAAAAGCUCAAAAACCACCACUACCCAGGUAAGUGAUCGUUACAAAUUGUGUUUGUGCAAAACAUACAUAGCAAACAACUUGAGCGCACUAUGUACGCAUUUAUGAACCGAAAAAAAAAAUUGUAUAUAGAAAAUGUAAUCGAAAUGAAAAAGUUGGGCGUUCUCAGGUUAGUUUAACAACAAAUAAACUCAACAAACAACCAUGCGAUGAUCAAUUUGUUAAGUUAAGAAUCAACGUUUGAAUUUCGAACAUUAGUCUCAGCAGAUAUACAGUAGAUUCUAUAGAUAUGUUUAUAACUAGCAUGCAUCCGAACAUAGACCAUGUGAUUGUUUUUCUAUUCAUCUUAUUUUUGCGUUUUAAUUUUCUUUAACUACUUUUAAAAUACGUUCCUUUACCCAAACCAAAAAAAAAACAAACACAAUCGAGAUUAAUUUUUUUUUAUGAAAGAGAGUUGCAAUGAAUUUACCGCGCGAGUCAUCCACACAAUAUGUAGCCCAAAUAUCAGUUAUCGCACGGGCACACCUCAAUUUUUCAUGGCAUCCGAUACACAAUUUCUAUUUAGUUGGCGAGCGAUCGUUCCAAAGCAAAUGAGGUACUUUUAUCAUUUUUAAAAUUAAGUUUGAUACCGACACCAAAUUUAAAGAUAAAAAACGAAACAAUUGGAUUUAUCGAAUGGCAUGCGCCGAGUGACACACAUGCACCCACCCGACACACACACACACACACACCCACACAGAGGGCAACUGGAUUUGUGACAUUUGAUUUGCUAAUCUGAACCAGAUUAUAUCGAAUCUGGUGCUUUUUUUUUAAACCGAAAUUUUUUUCUCGAAACAAUUAACUCUUUUUUAUUAAAAUAACAAAAGAAAUACAAACAAAUCCCCCGGCAUUUUUUGAGGUAUUUCACGCAUUUUAUGGGCAAAACCAAACAAGAACUUUUGAACUUUAUCACAAAGGCAACGAAUUUUCAUUAUUUUUUUUUAGUGUUAAUUCAUUUUGAGUGUGUUGAUUGAAUGUCAAACUAUUUGCUGGGCUAAAAGAGAAUUCUUUUUUCUUUAUUGAAUUUAUCGAAAAAAAUUAGUCUCAACAUUUUGAAAUAAUUUUAAUUGAAUUCAAUUGAAAAAUUAUUUAAUUUUUAUCCCAAAAAUUUUUUUUUAUACUGCUCCUUACACCAGGAAAUGGUUUGAACCAGUCGAUCGCUUUCAUUUAGAGAAGAAGAACACUGCUAAGAAAUUCUGUUUGAGCCACUAAUUGGCUAUUCACAUUAGCUGCAGUCCAAUUCAAUUUUUUUUGUUAAUGUGUGAAUUUUCUCAUUUCAGCUGUCGCAAGAUUAAGCAAAAUGUACACUGCUAAAUGGAUUUUUCAAAAUCUUCAUUGCUAAAUGGAUAAAGAGAAGUUAACAUGAGAAACAAAUUCGACAAUUUCGACGAGAAUUGAUAUAUUGAUAGCGCUCGAGGUAAUUAAAAUUUCAUACAAAACCUAAAUCGUCCACAGAAAGCAAAAUAAAGUCCAUUGCAACGUAUGACCACAAUCAGCGAGCCCACGUCAACACUCUUGGCCGAACACACCAACAUCCAUCAACUCGGGUUGAAAUUCAAGGUGCGCUUUGAAAAUUUUUAUUAUACAACAAAUAAAUCAAAAUUCGAAUAUUCACAUUUUUCCCCUUAAUUGUAACGUUAUUAGUCGAAUCGCGCAAUUUAACCCAAAAAAAAACAGACACAAUCAUUUAGUUUGUACAUUUCGUAAUAAUUUUGAGAAUAAAUAUGAGAAAAAAAAGUACACUUGGCAAUAGGGCGCCUUCAAUUUUUUUCAAUCAACAGAAAAUUGAAGAAUUGAAUUAAUACGCAUUUAGUAUUUAGUUAACUUUUAUGUUUAAGCAAUCAAAUAAGUUUCAAGUUCUAAAAAAAUUUCUCAAUUUAAAUAAAUCGUUUUUUUUACGGCGGCCACAAGAAAGCCCAGCAUAAUAACAUAACAUUCUAGUAGGCAAAUUAAAAUAAUGGACUUCUUUUUUUUUGAAAAUUAAAAAAAAAUCAAUUAGCAUUUUAGUAACCCUGCUCGCUUUCAUAUGGCUAUGCUGCCAUGAUACUUUCAUUUGCUGUUUCAAAAUGAUUUUCGAAACUGAAAAAUAAAGUUCUUUUUUUUCUAUACAAACUAAA